AUGGACCAAGACUGGACUCGUGCCAACAUCUCAUCCCAGGCCUCCGCCAUUGGGUCACACAACUACACCACCACUUCGACUGCAGACUCCAACAACGACAGCAGCGUUCGCGUGUCCGGAGACCAGACGAUCGUCACGAAGACUUUUACAACAGGAGCAAUUACCACUGGAACUGGCGGGAACGGCGGCUCAGCAGCUGGAACAAGCAGCAUCGGUGGCGCGGGAGGCGCUGGUGGGGGUGUGAGCUUUUCGUAA